CCGGAAGCAGAAGCGGAGCCUCGAGUCGAGCCGAGCCGCUGCCCCCGCUGCCCGCCGGCUCCGGGUGGGGGUCCCGGCGGCUGGAUGGGCAGCGGCGGCGCGGGCCGCGGGCGGCGAUGGGCGAGGAGCAGAGCACCGUGAGCGGCGACGGCGGGCCCCAGGAGGCGUGGGCCCCUGCUGGCGGCGUCACGGGCCACCCCGAGCCCCCGAGGCCGCGGGGAGACAGCCCCGGGGCUCCAGGGCCCCUCGCCGCCUCCUCCGACCCGAGCGGCUGCAGCUGCGGAAGCGACUCGGGGUGCGGGGACCCGAGCACCCCGGAGCCCGCGAGAAGCCGGGGGACACAGAGCUGGAGGAAGAGCCACGCACCGGGGCGGCCCGCGGGACUGGCCAUCCUUGGGCCCCUCAACCCCCAGGCUUUGCAACAGCAGCUGGUGAAGGAGGUGGAGGAAGCAGGGGACCGAAACGAGGGAGAGGAUGAACAGCAGGAGGCGCCCCCCGGCGAGGAGCCGGAGCCCAGGACCCGCGGGACCCCGGACGGACUGGUCCUGGACGUACUGGGCCAUCGGCGCCCGCCCCCCGCCAAGAAACAAGUCUUCUGCUCCGUGUUCUGCGUGGAGAACGACCUGCCCGAGGUCCCCUCUGCGGAGCGGCUCUCGCUGCCUGCGUCGCCACCUCGGGCUCCGCCGGUGACCAACCCUCCCAGCACGCCCUCCUCCUUCCCCAGCCCCGCGCUGUCGCUCCCAUCGGACCCCCUGUCCCCCGACGGUGGCAGCAUCGAGCUGGAGUUCUACCUGGCGCCCGAGCCGUUCUCCGUGCCCAGCCUGCUGGGAUCUCCACCCUACUCUGGCUUGGGUGGGGUUGGGGAUCCCUAUGCGCCCCUCAUGGUGCUGAUGUGCCGGGUGUGCCUGGAAGACAAGCCCAUCAAGCCCUUGCCCUGCUGCAAGAAGGCCGUGUGCGAGGAGUGCCUCCGAGUCUACUUGAGCUCCCAGGUACAACUUGGCCAAGUGGAAAUCAAAUGCCCCAUCACAGAAUGUUUUGAAUUCCUGGAAGAAACAACAGUUAUCUAUAACUUAACGCAUGAAGACUCCAUCAAAUACAAGUACUUCCUGGAACUUGGCCGUAUUGAUUCCAGCACCAAGCCAUGUCCUCAGUGCAAGCACUUUACAACCUUCAAGAAAAAAGGACAUAUUCCCACCCCUUCCAGAUCAGAAAGCAAAUACAAAAUCCAGUGCCCUACUUGCCAAUUCGUCUGGUGUUUCAAGUGCCACUCUCCUUGGCAUGAAGGAGUUAGCUGCAAGGAAUACAAAAAAGGAGACAAAUUGUUGCGCCACUGGGCCAGCGAGAUUGAACAUGGGCAGAGGAAUGCCCAGAAGUGUCCAAAAUGCAAGAUCCACAUCCAGAGAACUGAAGGGUGUGACCAUAUGACCUGCUCACAAUGUAACACUAAUUUUUGUUAUCGAUGUGGGGAGAGAUAUCGCCAGCUCCGUUUCUUUGGAGACCACACAUCAAACCUCAGUAUAUUUGGAUGCAAAUAUCGCUACCUCCCAGAGAGACCUCAUCUAAGGAGACUAGUGCGAGGGUCAGUCUGUGCUGGAAAACUAUUCGUUGCACCUCUAAUCCUGGUCUUGGGAUUAGCACUAGGGGCCAUAGCAGUUGUAAUCGGUUUAUUUGUAUUUCCUAUCUAUUGCCUUUGUAAAAAACAGAGAAAACGAUCACGGACAGGAAUGCACUGGUGAAUGCAGACGACCUCACCUAAGUCAGCAGGGCCGGGUAGGAGCUGCACAGAAUUGUACACUCGUCCUGAAAACCGCCAAGAGGACCCUUCCACCAUCUCUUCUCCACAAUGCCUCUAGCUCCGGUGCAUUCCCACCAUGGUAUCCUGUCCUUUCCUUAUACAGAUUGCUGCUUUUACAAAAUGGUCACUUUCGUAGACUAGAAACAUCUGUAUCAUAACUCUGAUCUUCUUAAUGGUUCUUGGAAGAAAAUAUUUUCAUUAAGAACCAGUUAUCCUCAGCACUGUCUGAGCAUGCCUCUCCUGAGCAUUGCUUGGACUGUCUUUGUACCUGAACUUCCCUCCAGGCCCUCUUCUGAGACUUGGUGUGAAUAACUGAAGCCCCACCUGUACGAACAAGCAAGGCCAUUUUUCAGAAGAUGAAGGCUCACCGUAUGCCCUUGUUUCCAUCUGUGGCCCAAGCAGUGUAAUUCCUUCAUCCUUCAAAUGCUAUCUCUGUUAAAAAAAAAAAUCUCAAUGCCCAAAAGGGAACUAAUGAAACUAAAUUAAUGAGAAGAAUCGUGAGUUACUGAGGCGUAUAUGUGCAGGGCUGUGAAUGUGUGUAUCCGUAUCUAUAUUAAAACUAGGUCCAAUAA